GGCUACACCGUCUGUUAGGGCCGCGCACGCGCUCGUUGACGGAGACCUCACCCCUUUGCCCCAGCCCCAGGGCUCGCGGGCUUCCCGCGAGGGUCUCGGCAGCCGAGCGCCCCGAGAUCCCCGCCGCGGCCCGAUUCCGUGGGCGCCAGGCAUGAACCGCAAGAAGCUGCAGAAGCUGACCGACACCUUAACUAAAAAUUGCAAGCACUUUAAUAAAUUUGAAGUGAACUGUCUUAUAAGGCUUUUUUACAACUUGGUGGGAGGAGUAGAGAGGCAAGGUCUGAUUAUUGGACUGGAUCGUAAUGCCUUUCGAAACAUCCUGCAUGUGACGUUUGGAAUGACAGAUGACAUGAUUAUGGACAGAGUAUUCCGAGCUUUUGAUAAAGAUAACGAUGGCUGUGUAAACGUAUCGGAGUGGGUUCAUGGAUUAUCUCUGUUUCUUCGCGGAUCUUUGGAAGAAAAAAUGAAAUAUUGCUUUGAAGUGUUUGAUUUGAAUGGUGACGGAUUCAUUUCAAAGGAGGAAAUGUUUCACAUGCUGAAGAACAGCCUUCUCAAACAGCCAACUGAGGAAGACCCUGAUGAAGGCAUUAAAGAUUUGGUUGAAAUAACACUUAAGAAAAUGGAUCAUGACCAUGAUGGGAAGCUGUCUUUUGCAGACUAUGAGCUGGCUGUGAGAAAAGAGACUCUUCUCCUGGAGGCCUUUGGACCAUGCCUUCCUGAUCCAAAGAGCCAGAUGGAAUUUGAAGCUCAAGUAUUCAAAGAUCCAAAUGAAUUCAAUGAUAUGUGAAUACCUAAAUGUCUAUAUUGUCUCAAGGUGAAGAUGAAGUUCACUUACCUAUAUCAUUCAACAUCAGUGUAAGGUGUGGUUAAAACAGAUGGGAGACAAGAAGCCCUUUAAUAGAUGCUGGGCUUGGCAAGACAGUUAACUUUUCUAGAGAUACUUUAUCACAUAGAUUAUCUGUUGAAGCACGUAACUGGCUUAAAAUCUUUGGAUUCAUGAAAUGAAUGGAGAGAUUAUGUAAUCAUGAAUUAUUAAUGCAAAUAUUCUGCAUGUCAGAAAGAAGCUGGAUGUACAUUGAAAAAUCAUUGAAACUACUGGAUUUCCUUUGAAACAAUAAAUAAUGAAGAUGGCAUGAGAAGAAUAAGAGUACCAAUUGUGCAUUGAAACACCUUUCUGGUAGGCACUGAGGGAGAUCCAGAGAGAUGAAACGUGUGGAAAUCAUAUUCUAUUAAAAUAUAAUAUGAUUUGCAUUAUUGUUGGGGCUUUGCCUUAAUAACCUUACUGAUUGUAAGACCUGAAGGCAGGGAUUUAUCUCUACACGUCUUUGUCUGCCAUGCCAGGCAGUCUUCUGCAUAUGAUGGGCUGUCCGUAAUUACUGCAGAUUGGACUGAACACCAAAAAGUGCCACGAGAUAAAUGCAAACUCUCAGUGAGCAGAGGGAGAACGUGUGCUGAGUUUCUUAGGUUUCACGGCGAAUGCAUUGGCACAGCUUUCAGUGUCUCCCUGGAGUCCUUCCAGACAGUCCCAAUCCCAUGCCCCACUCUGUCCUGGCACCCAGUGUCCCUCCACCCUAACUCCUAUGUUUUGUCCCCUUGCCACCGCCUGAGAGCACCGUGGUGCCCCCAUUCCCCCACUGCCUGGGUUCCUCUUGUGUACCCCUUUAUCAGGGCACAUCCUAACUGUGCCCUGCUGGCUGCAACUUCCUGAAAACAGACCUGGCUGUCCCCUGCAUCUGGAUCCCCAGCAUGUGCUGUGGGCAUCCUGAGAAACCAGAGGAAGACAGGGCCAGGUUUCUGCUUUCUGCCUUCUAAGUACACAGAGUAAGCAGGGGAGAGGCGUGUUACACCAUAUCUGUUUUAUCCUCAUGUAAAUACUUAGAGGCCACUUGGGAUAGUAAAUCUUUCUUACUACAUACGCAUUAAGUUUAAGUAAAAGAGAAUAUUGUGUGAAAAAUGCACUGCUACUAAUAAAUGCAAUAAACAAUUCCAUGAAAUAAAAGAAAAAAUA